GUGCAACUUGGAGAUGAUAUUUCCUCCCUCAUUUUUUGACGUCAUGGAGCAUUUAGCUGUCCACCUCCCGUAUGAGGCAUUGCUUCGAGGACCAGUACAUUAUGGAUGGAUGUAUCAGUAUGAGCGGGCCAUGAAAUAUUUGAAGGGAAAGGCAAAAAACCUCGCAAAGGUUGAAGGUUCUAUAAUUGCUGGAAGUUUGACGGAAGAAACAUCUCACUUCACAUCGUACUACUUUGCACCUAAUGUACGGACCCGACAAAGAGCUCCAAGAAGAUAUGAUGAUGGUGGUGUUGCCCCAACAUAUGCAGUUGCUGGUGUUCCGGAUAUCUUUAGCCAGAUUGGGCGAAUGGGUGGGAAAACGAAAGAGGUUUGGUGGUCGAGUGAUGAAGACGCCCAUAGUGCACACACUUACAUUCUACUUAAUUGUGAGGAUCCAUUUAUGCGCUAUUUUGAAAGCCUAUUUGUUAGUCAAGUCCAAGAAGCUAUCCCAGGUAUAUCCACAAGUGAGGUAGAUAAAAGGAAAGAUCGACACUUUAUUAAAUGGUUGAAGAGUCAGGUUGAAUAUGAGGAUCCAGAUUAUCCCAUAUGGUUUCACGAAUUAGUUCAGGGUCCACUUGCAAAGGUCACCACAUCACCAAUGUAUUUCUCACGAGGCUUUACUUUUCAUACGUACGAGUAUGGUAAACACCGGGCGACCAGCAAUUAUGGAAUUUGUGUGAAAGGCGAAACCGAUUUCUACGGGAUCUUGCAGGAGAUUAUUGAAGUGGAAUUCCCUGGGUUAUUGAAGCUGAAAUGCGUCAUAUUCAAAUGUGACUGGUUCGACCCCGUGGUCAACAGAGGUGUUCGAUUUAACAAAUUCGGUGUAGUUGCUGUCAAUGGUGGACGGAGGUACAACAAAUUCGAGCCUUUCAUAUUAGCUUCGCAAGCAGACCAAGUUAGCUUCCUACCAUACCCGAGGUUGCGAGAAUCUGGAAUAAGUUGGUUAGCUGUUAUCAAAGUUACACCCCGUGGACGAAUAAUCGGUGGAGAAGAACCACCUUUGCAAGAAGAACACAUCAAUGAAGUCGAAGAACCUGAACAACAAAUGGAAGACAUCCUACUCAUUGAUCCGCAUAAUCAUGAGUAUGAAGAUCUUCCCGACGAUACCACUGACGAUGCUGUUGAGGACGAGUUUAAUGAAAGUGAUGAUGUUUCUAGUGUUGAAGAGAAUGAUGAUGUAUCUGAAUGAUGAUGUAAUUUUUUAAAAAUAUUAUUUAUUUUCAGACUUGA